GUUUAAUCCUUUACGCGGGCCCCGCUAGGGCUGAUGCUAUGGAUUUGUUAUCAGCAUCUGCGGCAUUCACAAAGUUUGAACGCCAUUGCUUAGAAGAACUUCUGCAAGGUGUAGAACACGACGAUGCACAAGCUUUGGUGCUGGAACAAUGGGAGUCGAUGGAUGAAGAGGCCAAAUCCAAAUGGGUAGAGAAUGAAGCGCCAGUUGAAGCACCACACUCUGUGGAUGCCUUUGAACCUCUUCAUUUGGGGAACGAGACCAGUGAGGUCACUGUGAUCGACGAGGUGCUCGAAGAUGCUGCACUGGCGCCCGCGGAGCCCGUUAGCGCCCGCGGCCCGGCGCCCCGCCGGCGCAAGCGCUCGGCCGUCGCCCCGGCGCCGCGGAAGGCGCCGCGCGCGUCCGAGGCGGCCGUGGAGGUCGCAGCGGCAGCGGGGGAAGGGAUCCGCUGGUUAAAGCCUGGUGAAGCAAGUCUCGAAGAGUCCAGUGAUGAGGACUCAGAGGACCACGAUGAAGAGGACCAGGCCGACCAAGAAUCGAAGCAGCUUGCUUUCAACAGAUCUGCAGUGGUGAGACAAGGUGGCAAACAUCCGGACUGGCUCACCGAGCCUGCAGCUGUGGCGGAAAUUUCACUUCCGCCGUUGUCUCCAGAUGAAGUUGUAUAUCUGCCUGCUGAGGUGGCUGAAAAGCGCUUGCUCAGCAGUCCUCAGUUGGAAAGCGUGGCUUAUGCUGCGCGAAGAUUCCGUGCUCAUCUGCCAUCCGGAGUGCGAGCUGGCUAUUACCUUGGAGACGGUACUGGGUGUGGAAAGGGUCGCGUCAUUGCAGCUUUGGUUUGGCAUUUGUGGAACAGUGGAGCCAAACGGCAUGUCUGGCUCAGUGCCAGCAGCGACCUCCUAGAGGAUGCCACGAGAGACUUUUGUGACCUGGGAGCCGACUUGCCCCUCUGCACCUUGUCAUCGCUACCAUAUGGUUCCAUCAGCACUGGCCCAGGCCUGGAUGAAGAAGGGAAUGGCAUCAUCUUUGCCAGUUACCACUUGCUGGUCGCCAGCAAGGCUUCAGCAUCUGGAGUCCCAACGUCUGAGAAUUCGCGCUUAGUACAGCUCAUUGAUUGGUUGAGAAGAGGGAAAGGGGGUGCCUGUGGCCUCAUUGCCUUGGACGAAGCUCACCGGACGAAGAACGUGAUGAAUUCAAAAACAAGUCAAGGCUCUAAAUCCGGGCUGUGUGCCCUGGAGUUGCAACGAGCCUGCCCCCUGGCUGCAGUGCUUUAUGCCAGCGCGACCGGCGCGACUGAACUGAGACACUUGGGUUACUUAGAACGUUUAGGACUUUGGGGGCGAGGACGGCCCCAUGGAAGCUUUGAAGAGCUUCGAGAUGCGGUGGAAGGUGGAGGAUUCGCUGCGAUGGAGCUUUUGGCCAUGACGAUGCGUGCAGAGGGGAUGCUGUCCUGCCGCUCCUUAUCCUUCAAGGGCGCCUCCUUCCGACUAGUUCCGGUGAGCUUGGAAAGCCUCUGCAACACUUACUCCAAAGCUUGUGACUUCUGGCAGGAGAGCUUGAAGCUGAUUUUGAGGUUGCUGAAGGCCAAAACACGGGAGGUGAAGCAGAAAAGACUCAAGCACUCCACUGAGCUCAAGGAAAACCCUCUACAUCUGAGAUAUUUCUGGGGCGCCCAGCAGCAGUUCUUCCGCCAGUUGCUCAUUUGCACAAAAGUUGAGACUGCCGUCUCCUUGGCCACCUCCGCGCAACUCAGGGGCGAGUCGGUGGUCUUCGCCAUGUGGUCCACCGGUGAGGCGAUCACCGAGGCCGUGGCGAACCGCGAGGGCGACCGUGCGGCGGCCGCCGCCGGCUUCGCCUCCGCGCCCAAGGAGGUCGCCUUGCGGAUGCUGAAAGAGUUGAGGAACUUGGCUGCCUCCCUCGAAUCGGAGCAGGGUGCCCUCAAGGAAAUUGAUCGGGCUGAACAGACCUUGGAGAAGUUGGAGUUGCCUCCCAAUCCUUUGGAUGAUAUCAUGAAGCGAUUGGGCGGUCCUCAUAAGGUGGCUGAGCUCACUGGCCGCACACGGCGGCUGGUCUACAACGAGCUCACGGGCGAGACACGCUUCGAGGAACGCGGUGAGGGUGCCAAUCUCCAGGAGUUGCGAGCAUUCCAGACCGGGCAAAAGCACGUGGCCAUCGUCACCGAGGCGGCCAGUGCCGGAAUCAGCCUCCAUUGCGACAGGCGCUUGCCUGAAGAUGCACAGAGGCCGCGGUACAUGAUCUCAAUAGAGAUGCCAUGGGAGGCCGACAAGGCCUUGCAGCAGCUCGGCCGCGUCCACCGCAGCAACCAGCGGGUACCCCCGCGCUUUGCCUUCGUGGUGACGGAUUUGGGUGGAGAGGUUCGCUUUGUCUCCACCGUGGCGCGACGCUUGCGGAUCCUGGGAGCCAUGAUGAGGGGCGACCGCAAUUCAGCACAUGGGGCCGUACAAAGCUUGGCGACCUUCGACAUCCAAAACCGCUAUGGACGGCAGGCAUUGGCACGCCUCUUUGAGCUACUUCGCAGUGGGCAGGAACCAGAGGUGGCCUUCUCUUUUCUUCAAUUCAGCGACCGAAAGAGCAAGGGCAGCAGCUGGCGAAGCUGGGCCGACUUCAAGAAGAUCGCCCUGAAGGCCUUGGACUUGAUCGGCUUGCGACCGGACACCGAAGACAAAUACGAGGAGUCUUUGGCGGAAUCGAAGAACUUGAACGUUUUCCUCAACAGGUUGCUGAUGCUGGAGCCUAGCAUUCAAAACGCCUUGUUUGAUGCCGUGGCGGAGUUGUACAUGCACUUGGUUGACCUGGACCGGGCCUCUGGGGCGUACGAUGGCGGCCCAGAAAUCCUGGAUCGGAGGCGAGGUACCAAAGCAGAAGUUCGUCUUGUUCAUCGGGAGGUCCUCUUCAAGGAUCCAGUUACAGGAGCCGAAACGGCCUAUGCCCGGCUCCAACUGGAUCGCGGCAUGAGCUGGGAGAAAGCCAACGAGGUGCUGGAGAGCCGUCAGCGCGGCCGAGCAGGCUUCUAUUGGAGACUUGGCGAAGAGAUCGAGCAUGAUGGGGGCCAUCCCUGAUCAGACUAAGGGGGAGGUCUAGAUGACGACAGAAAGGUCAAACUGACUCUAGUGGUCGGACUCUUAGCACCCUACGUACAAUAAGUGGCAUCCUGAUGUUAAUCCAUUUUGGUGAUCCACCUGCAGCGAUUGCAAGUGAGGUGCCCACGCGCUCCCAGUCCAUUGGUCCUUGCUGUUCCUCGGCCUCGCUUGCAUGGGCUUCGUGCUGGUGCAGCCUCUGAUGAUGAUGAGAGUGAUGCGGAUUUAGAUCUUCAUUGGCCCCAGGGGCCACCCGCAGAACAUGGCUGGGAGCAACACGUCUCUUCCGCCAAGCUGAGGAAAGGCGACUUUUUCCACAAAGCUGGUGCAGAUGAGCUCCCCAACGUGUCGACCAUCUGGAAGCGUUUACAUGGGUCUUCUGCAGAUCUGGCUGGAAGAUGGGAAGAUGAGCAUGUCUUGACCGGCUCCAUUUUAAGCACUUGGGCUGUUCUCGGCACAGCCAUCAGCGGAGCCAGCACUUAUUCAAGACUCAAAGUGCAAAGGAUCCCUUUAGUCAGGGCCAAGCUUCCUGAUGGUGGAGCGAUCGUUGGAGUCCGUGUCCGUCAUGAGAGGUUGCAAGAGGUGAGGUAUGUUCUCUCAGCACUGCAUGAUGCGAAGACCAAGACAACCUCUGAAAAUAAGGAAGCGGAUCAGCUGGGCGUGCGGAAGCUGAGUGCUGAGUUGGAGGCCUUCCUGAGGACUCAGCCCAACCAGAGCGCCGCCUGGAGGAACUGGGCGGGUGCGCAUCAGGUCUUAAUGGCCAAUGGGCUGAUACCUGAGGGUGCAGUGGGUAUGCAACAGGCACGGGAAGCCUUUGAGGAUCUGGAGAGGAAUGGGAAAGUAGACAUUCAACCAGAUAGUGUGCAGCUGCGAGAGAAGCCCAAAGGCAGCGGCUGGUAUAUCCCCCCACCCAAGAAGCCUAAGGCCAAAUGCCGCGGCCGGGGGAGGAAGCGCUAGCCGCUAACCGGCCUGACUGUUGUUGGGGAUGCAGGCGGAAUGAUUUAGAAUGAUUUAGGAGGUCCUGGCAAUGCAACCCAAAGAGGUUGAACCCACAAUGCCGAGACCUGACGACAUGACAUGACUUUGUUCUUGUCAACAUGCGUGUGAGGGGCGAUGAAUCUCCUCAAAGCGUUCUCUGGGACUCAAAUUCCAUCAAGUUCUCCUUUCUGCGAGGGCUUUCUUCGUCACAGGUUCCUGUGACUUGCUAAUCUUGCUACAGCUUAGACUCGGCGCAUGAUCUUGUGUCUGCUAGGGGGAAAGAAGUCAUGGCGAUGACGUCAAUGACCUCUGUACGUAUGGAGGUUUUGGCCUCGUGAUUGGACUCGGUCUUAGUGGUUGCAGUCUGCGCGCAGCUGGAG